UUAAUUCAGUCAAGAUGGCCACUGCUAUGUAUUUAGAACAUUAUCUUGACAGUUUAGAAUCACUUCCAGGAGAAUUACAGAGAAAUUUUAAUCUCAUGCGCGAUCUUGACCAGAGAACUCAAGAUCUGAUGAAAGAAAUUGACGGUCUGACUAAGGAUUAUUUAGAAAACGUAAAGACAUUAUCGUCAGACAAACGGAAAGAAAAACUGAGCGGAAUCGAUGGGUUAUUCAGCAAAAGUAAAGAAUUUGGUGAUGAUAAAGUUCAGCUGGCCAUGCAGACUUACGAACUUGUUGAUAAACAUAUCAGAAAACUUGAUGCUGAUUUGGCCAGGUUUGAGGCCGAGCUGAAGGAUAAGAAUUCGUCUAAAAUUGGAGAUAUGGACAAUAAACAAAGGGACAAACUAAAAGACAAGAAAAAACGCAAGUCUUUGAAAGAAGAAUUCGACGACGAAAUUCCCAAGAAGAAGAAGAAAAAGGGGCAAGCUCUAGUUGAAGAACCAGAGCCAGUUAUCUCCACAUACCCGCUUUCAAUAACGCAUCCAUCAGAUGUUCUGGACAUGCCAGUCGAUCCAAAUGAACCGACCUAUUGCUUGUGUCACCAAGUUUCAUAUGGAGAAAUGAUAGGCUGUGACAAUCCGGACUGUCCAAUAGAGUGGUUUCAUUUUGCCUGUGUCGGACUGAAUGCUAAGCCUAAAGGAAAAUGGUUCUGUCCAAGAUGUUCAGAAGAGAGAAAGAAGAAAUAGAGAAAUGUUUUUAGAAAUUAAGAUUGUCAAAUCUCAUGUUAAUGUGAUAAUAGUUUUUGUUGUUACAGUAAUUUGCAGAUCUUUAAAGAGGCAUUAUCACUCUCCCCAAACAAAAUAGAUGUAUUAAUCUUAGAUAAAGGAAAGUCUUAGAAAGGCUCUCUUACUUACUUAAAUAACAAAAACGGAGUGGAUAUUUAACCAUAUACGGCAAAGUAUCUACUUCCGCUAUUUUACCGUACAUCAUUUCUGAUUGGCUGGAAUAUAGUGACGUCAUCAAGUGUCAGUUCCUGGAUUAUUUGACCGUACAUGAGAUGAAUUUUUCCGUAUACGGCUAUCUUAAAAAUCAGUAUUAAUCCCAAAAUUUGAAAAUAAAUUAAGAACACACUAUUUUAAUUAUUUUAAUUUAAUUUCCCAUUUUGAUGGAUUAGAAAAAUGGGUUAGGGUUAGGGUUCAAAUUUAUCUCCUAUUUUCAGAACAUCUGUACUUUCCGCCAUUUUGAAUUAGGUAUGACAUCAUCACACAAAUUAGCCAAUCAGAAACGAUGUACGGUAAAAUAGCGGAAGUAGAUACUUUGCUGUAUACGGUUAAAUAUCCACUGCCUAACAAAAAUCCAAACAUUAACCUACCGUACGGUACUUAAUCGGUCAAGGCUUAUAUUAUAGGUCUACUUAUGAAUAAACACUUAAGAAAAUUGUAUGACUCUUAAAUGGCAAUUAAAACUUUUAUUUCUCAGCAAUAAUGAAGCAAGUUUAUCUCAAGUUUUGUGUACGAUCCCGUUUGAAUAUCAAGGCUACAUCCAAUUUGAAUAUUUAGGUUACAGUGUACUCUGUAGCUUCUCUGCUAUAUAGUCUUUUAAUGUCAAAUUGACAAUGUUAUUACCAGAUGACAAAAGACCUCCCAAGAAUUAAAGCGCUAGUGCCUCUUUAACUUUAUACUGAAUUGUUUAGUAUAGGGUUUUAUUCAAAGUUAUUCAUUGUUUAUAAAGCAUGUAUCACUAUCACCCAAAAAAUAUAUUUCAUAUAUUAUAUAUUGCAUGAUAGACCACUAAGACCAGUAUAAGGUGUUCAAAAAACUGGAUAUAAAUAAGUAAUUAUGUGAAGUAACUAACUUUCAUGUUCAUAUCAAACCUGGAAGCACUGCAUUUUUUUUAGAGCUGCAAAUAUGUACUCAAGCAUACAGAGAUAAUCAAUUUGUGUAGAUGAUGUUGAAUCGAAAAAUUAUUAACUCAGUCAGUGCUCUUUAUUUUAUUAAGUCAGUUUGUUUUUAAGGUUACUAUACUAUAUUUAAUCACCCGGUGUGCGUGGAUGUUAAAUAAACCUAUUUUUACAUCAGUAAUGGAUGUAUUUUGUCUAAAAAUCUAAUUUAAUGUCUCCUUAACACUACCGGUUCUGUUGAUUAUAGUCCAUGUUAGAGUGGUUCAUAACAAACCAACAAUAUUUCGGGCUUAUUUGAAUUUUAUAUGAUAAGACUUAACAUAAAAACUGAAUUUUAUAAGGACAAAUAUUUGAGGCAUGAACCACUCUAUCCAUGUAUAAGUUGGACUCACUCUAGAAACAAAAUCAUGUAUUUGUACAUCUAAAAACUACAAUGUAGGCAGAUCAAAAUUUGAAAUUAUUCUUAAACCGAAGAUUUGUUACAAGCUUAGGCUAAGUCAAAUUAAAGUAUUAUUUCAGAUAUAUGUAUAUAUAGCACAAAAAUGACAUUUUUUAUUAUCAUUUUGAUUUUUCAGAGAAUUUUGGUAAUUCUCAAAGAUGAAAAAUGAUUGAAAUGCAUGAAAUUUUUCCUUUCAUGUUUUGUUAUUUUGUCACAUCACUGGUGACAUGAGUUUAUUUUGAAUCAUGUAUGGUAGUUAAUGUGUAUAACAAUUUAUCUUUGGUUAAAGAUGCAUUAUGUAAGAUUUAGAUGCAUGUAAAGAGCUGGCCGUUCUUGCUAUAAUGGUUCAAAAAUAGAUAAUGCAAAAUGAAUAUAUUAAAAAUUUCAUUCAAAUUACUUUAUUCUGAGCCAAGUUGUCACUGUAGUUUUCAAAAGAUGUAUGUAAUGAUUGAUCAUGAAUGACCGACUCUUUAUCUAAAUCUUACAUGAUGCAUCUUUAAAUGAUUGUUUUAGUGUAAAUAAUUUGUUUUACUUGGGCCACACCAAUUUGAAGUUUGUUCUUCAGGGGAACACUUGUUCAAAUUCUGCUUCCUAUUUCAUGAGGGGGGAGGGGAUUCAUUUAAAGGCAAAAAAAUAUUUGGUUUCUCAUCUCAAACUCAAACGAUUUUAAUUCCACAUUUUUCAGUUUUGAAAUUUAAGACAAAACUCACAAGACUCGAAUUAUUGAGACCCUGAAGAACUAAAAAUUAAAUUGGUUUGGCCUUCUUCAGGCUUCAUUAUGUCAUAAAAUACAUAUAUAUAUAUAGUCACACUGUUGAUGGGUUAUCUUUAAGGGCAUGUUAAGAUAGUUUUAAGAUAUUUUAAUUAGUUUUAGAAAGUCAUAUAUUUUUUUGCAGAAGAGAUAAAGAGAGACUAUGUAAAUAAUCUUACGGAAGGACCAUGUUAUCCUUUGUUGUUAUGUAUGGCCACGUUUUAAUGUUAAUGUAAAUAAACUCUGUUGCAUUUUAA